AUUCUGAAAAUGAUUAAAUGAAACAUAUGUCCUACAAGAGGACAACAAUCCAAAACGAAAUAAAAUCAAUAGAAAAAUAUGUUGAGACAAUUUUUUUUUUUUUUUUUUUUUUUUUUGGCUAUGAAGAAGGCAGUGUAUGAUAUCUGGUAGGGUUUUGACAAGUACGUCGAGAAGAACGGGCAGCAAUUUGACAAGCAAGCUGACAAAGUUUGAACAGAAAUGUACAGUCAUGGGGGGGAAAAAAGAAAGUACACCCUCUUUCAAUUUGGGUCUUAUUCAUCAGGGCCUAAUAAACAUUGUGUUUAUUAUAAUCUAAAUAACCUCGGGUGACGACAGAAGCACAACAGAUUUCAAUAUGUAAUGAUUUACAUAUAUAAUCAGUUAUGCAAUAAUAAAGUACACCCUUCCUACUUCCACGAUCAUUAAGCAAGUAAUUAGAAGCCUUGGUUACUAAUGAAAUGCACAAGAUUAAUUCAUUAAUCAAGAAGUGUGGCUACCUCUCUAAAAGCAGAACGUUUGGUGUUCUGGACCACUCAGGUGUGUGUCUACAUCAUUCCAAGAAGAAAGGACAUCAGCCAUGACCUCAGAGAAGCAAUUGGUGCUGCUCAUCAAUCUGUGAAGGGUUAUAAGGCCAUCUCCGCACAAUUUGAAAUUCACCAUUCUACGAUGAGAAGAGUAGUUUACAAACAGAGAACCUUCAAGACAGUUGCCAAGCAACUUCAGACCAAGGACAGACUAUUCAAUGCUCAGAGAUGUAAAGAAAAACCCAAGAGCUACGUCAUGUGACCUACAGGCCUCUGUAAGCACGUUAGAUGUUUAUGUUCAUGACAGCAGAAAUGGUGGCUACUUUUUCUCUCCGGAAAGAAUAUGGAGCACGACUUUGGUUUGCAAAACUGCAUCUGAACAAACCGUAAAUAUUCUGGAACAGUAUCCUUAGGACUGAUGAGACCAACUUGCAGAUGUUUUGUCAAACAAACACCUCAUACCAACUGUCAAACAUAGCAGUGGAGAGGUGGUGAUUUGAGCUUGUUUUGCAGACACACGACUAUGUGUGUUAAGAUACAAAGUAGGAGGGGGAAAAAAAACAUGGACGCCUCUAUGUUCGUCUUUUGUUAGCAACGAGCUAAUUGUAAUAAGUGACGCCAAUUUUCCUCCUCAGACAGCUCUCUGUAUAGAGUCAAUGUUUUAGAUUUAACAAGCAAAUAUAUCUGAAUGUUGAUUUAUCUAAAGCGAAUACUUGUAUGCACAGUAUAACUCAUUGAACUGUAAGAAGUGCUACUUUUGUUUACUGUUGAUUCGGUGAGCAGCCAUGUUGAUCUGAUGUCACUUGCUGAAAUCAAGGAUAGAAGAAAAAGGAUAGCUGAGGAUAGCUUUCAAAGUUUAUGCGUCGGAAUUCCGAGGGCUGUUUUUAUUUGGACGUUUUCUUCCUAGUCGGAGGUCGUAAAGUUUAUUGAGAGUCACACGUUUUAUUUGGGCGUAAUGAAAAUGAACAUGCUGGGUUUAUUUACUCCAUCAUCCCUUUCCCGCCGAAAAUGCCUUUACAGCUAAUGUCUUUAUGAGGAGAAAAGCAUCCUGCAGUAGUAUUUGCUAGUUUUGCUUCUCAUUUACAAAAAUCCAGUCAAAAAAAAUAAAACAAAAAAAAAAAACACUUCAAGUUCUUGUUCUUUUUGUCUGUUUCUUACAGUUAAUGUUAUUUCCCUGUUUCGCUUUUUGGAAAGAUCUCAAACUGGGUAAAACAGAACAAUAAAUGGUUAAGUUUCAGUUUUAGUGAACGUUACUCCGCCUCAUCGAAUGCUGAAUUGCUCUUGAGUGUCUCUGAACAGGAAGUUGUGCUGUGCGUCUCUUCUCCAUCAAUGCUGCAUUCAUUUUCACUCGGGCUGUGACGAUGGAGGCUGUACAAAAGGAAAACUGGUACUUCAUGGCACUUCUGAUUUCUCUCUCUUUUCUCAAAGGCUCGGAGCAGCUGAUGUCGCCAGGCGGCCCUGUGAAGCUUCAGGACAGGAUGCUGUUAGAUUGCUCAUGUCCUUGGAGUGGUAACCUCAUCAUGGUGUCAUGGACUAAAGGAGGCGAUUCGACUCCUCUGGCCAUUUAUCACCCCGACUUCGGUGUCAAUUUCAACGCUGCUUAUGACGGUAGAGUUGAGUUCAUUCAUGCAUCGAAGAUGGAUGGCAGCAUCAGAAUAACGAACGUCUCUGAAAAAGACGAGGGUGUGUAUCACUGCUCAGUGCAGACGUUUCCUCAAGGAUCAUGGACCAAAGAUACGCUGGUGCAAAAACAAGUCACCACAACCGUCGUCUCCCACAAUCCCAACACCACGCUUAUCAUCUCCGAAAACGAAGACGUGACCAUCAGCUGUAGUCAUGACGACGUCGUGUACGAGGUCAGCGUAGAGAGGAUCGAGGGAGUGGACGGAGGGAGCAGGCUUUUAGGAGUGUGUAAGCAGAACGGCGAUGGCGUGGAGCUCAGCGAGUACUCUGUGCACAGAGGAACUGUGAACUGCAGCGACGAGAUGGAACUGAAGCUGCGUUUAAACAACGUGAGCGAAGAUGAUAGCGGGAUUUAUCGCUGUAACUUCAGCACAGACGCCGGGUUUUCUAGCAGACUUAUCCUGCUCGCAAUGUUCCCCAGUCCCAAAGGACUCAGUGAUGCUCCGAACAGGUGGUAUAUUUACAUUGGAGGAGGAGUAGCAGGUGCACUCGUCCUGAUGACCGUCGCUCUUUUAUUCAUGUGGAGGAGCAGGAGGAAGGUGAGGAGAUUGGAGUACAGGAACCAGUUACAUACCACCAAAAGACAGCAUAUUUACACUAACGAGCAAGGAGGAGUGUAUGACAAGAUGAAAAAGACAACGAGGAACCAAAGAAAGAAUAAUCCGAUCUACGUCAACUUCCAAAACACGAGAGCGCAGAAGAAAGGAAAACGGUGAUGUCGUCAUGUUUAUACUGAAAAGACCGUAUAUGUGAUGAACCAGUGAGCUCGUUCGACCUCGGUGAUUAGUCUUUGAUUGACAGGUGAUGAGACCAUACCGGCUUCGAAUAAAGUCGGAAAGAAGGAAGAGACACUGGGGAAAUCUGCUGGAAACUGAAGGCCCGUGAUGAAAUAAAAAUAAAAAAAACAUUUCAAAGUUAAUUGGAUUAAUUAAACAAAAAAGGCGACAUUAUUGGAUGAAAUGGAUCGUAGACAGACUGCUGAUAUCCUGUGGCGUCCUGACAUGACGACCACAUUUAAUACUGUCCUAUACAACAGCACCGUUGAAUUCUUGAGUCUAAUUGGUCAGCAGGUGUCGAUUCUUUUUCUAUAACAGCAGCUCUGACAGGAGUCUCGGCUGUAAUUCAGAUCACAGGUUUACAUUAAUGCACUUGUUCUUAUACGUUAUCGUUUCUAUACUAACAACAUACAUAUGUAUGGGUGCCGGAAGCUCCGUAUAAACGGAUUCAAAAUGUGUGUAAUCGUUGAUGCGGUGAAAUUUCUCUCUGAGGAGAUAUUUAUUAUGUACAAAUGUAAGGGCGGGGUGUUCUGGGUCAUCGCUUUGUAACGGUCAGGGGUAACGCCGUUAAGCUUUCCAUCAUGGAGAGCUUUGCGGUUUGUCUCGGUCGAGGCCGGUGAGGGAACGACCGAAGUGAGAAUUCCACAACAGUAAAUGGAUCAGUAAGCUGUAAUUGUCGGCAGACUGCCGUGGUACGAUGCAGUCCCGCCGGGAAUUAGCGAUUUUCGCGAUCGCAGGAAUGAACGCUAAAUCAAGCAAACGCCGCAGUAUUCGGAGGAGCUUGCAGUUUUGUGAAAUUUCCGCAGAUUCGGGACGAGACGAGUCACGUGACGUCGUCACGACGCGCAUUCGGCCAAAGCCUUCUUCGAUUCGUUUUUUUUUUUUUUUUUUUUUUUUUUUUAAAAAGCCGCAGUAAAAU